CCCAGUCAAUUUUGAUGUAUAUUUUAAUCCAACUUGUAACACGCAUCUGUAUAGUACCCGUGUUGCAUCUAGAUCAACUUUUUCCUUACCACUUAUUCGCACUAAUUAUGGUUUAUUUAAUAUUCGAUUUUGUGGACCUAAGUUAUGGAACAAUAUUGAUGAAUCACUAAAAUCCUUAACUGAAUUUUCCUUUAAAAAGGAAUUUAAAAAUCAGCUAAUCGCCUUCUACUAGAAUUAAAUUCAUUUAUCCUUAAAUUAUCUAUUUAUAUAUCUAUAUUUAUUGGCUCAGUGUGUUUUUUCUUCUUUUUUUUCUUUGUAUUAUGUUGUAUUGUAACUGGUAUUGUUUUUUGUUUUGAAAUUUUGUAAAUAUUCUUUGAACUAGCUGCUUCUUGUUAUUCAGUAUUAUUUUUCGGUUAUAUUAAUUUGAAGGUCACCUGCCUAGUCUAGCUCCUUAAUAGUUAUUGCAGGUGGCCUAUACUCACUUCUUGUAAUUCAUAUGUAUUCUGUAAUUUCUAACUUUUUGUAAUUUCUGAGUAUUAAUAAAAAUUAUUGUUGUUGUUUAUCAACUAAGCAAUGACAAUUUCCGAUUGGUCCAUGCAAGAAAACGUGGGCGGAGACCAGCGCGCGAACGAGGAGGAACCAUGUCGAAAAGGCGCGGGAUGCAAUAGUGGCGAUGUUAGAUGUGGUGACACCAGGUGAUGGGGCACUUCUCUGGGAAGCGCUGCAGUCAUCGGCACUUGUGGAGGAGGCUCUGGGGAUACAAAAAACAUCUCCCGCAGAGGAAAAGUAUCUACUAGCACUCGCAGAAACAUACAGAAAUGCGUCUGGAUGGGACACGCGAAGACAAAUUCUUUCUGUGAUGGCCGACAUUGUACCCUUCGCACGUUUACAGCAGUAUUUGCCCAAUGUCACUGAAUACCGCGUCAAGAUUGCACAAAGUCACAGGCUGACGUUCGGUAGAGGCGUUCCCCGACCACCUACCAAAAGAGCACGAAUGAAAGUGGAUAACAGCCAGCUAGACCACUUCCUCACAUUCAUCACCAGCAGACAUAUCGUACAAGACCUGCCCUUUGGACAGAAGUACCUGAAACUUUCCACUGGAGAGAUCCUUGAAACGCCAAACGUCAUCAGAAGUAUGAUCCCUGAGCGUAUUGUUCAGCAAUACCAGCAUUAUUGUGAGGAGACAGCGUUCACUCCAUUUGGCCGAACCACCAUGUUGAACAUCCUAUCCGAAUGUUCUGCAACUGUGCGCAAGUCUUUACAGGGAUUUGACUACAUCGCUUCCAACGGAAGCAAAGCCUUUGAUGACCUGUGUGCUGCUGUGACGCGCCUUCAAGAGUGUGGAUCAAUCUCCAGGGAGUCCAAACACGAAUGGCAAAGUUUACUGAAAUCGGGUAAACACUAUUUGAAGUCCGACUACAAGGUAAAGUGCACUAGAACAGUGGUAAUCCAUCUUGAUUUGUAAUUGUCUUAUAAUUAAUAUAGAUAGAUAGAUAGAUAGAUAGAUAGUUCACUUUUUGCAGUACAAAUACUGAAUUGGUAAGCGAUUACAAUAUAAAUAAGACUGAAUACAAAUAAUAUUACAUUUAAAAAAUUACAACCUAUGCUAUGGCUUACUAAAAAGAUUAUAAAUAUUAAAACUAACACUAAUUUGUUGAAUUACGAUUAUUUAUGUCUAAACAACUAGCGAUGACAUACGAAUUCUUAAAACGUUCAGUAUAGAAUUUCGGAACAUGUAUCGUCUUGUUGGUUCGUAAUUGGUAAUUUAAUGGAGUAUCUAUUUUAGGGAUUAAAUUAUGAAGUUUAUGGUUCGGGUAGCAAAACUAAUAACUAUAACCUCAAUUUGUAGGUUCAUGUGUCGAGAUCGGGCACUGUAGCUUGACCACCGCAGCACAUUUGCGCUGAGUGAAGCAAAAGACAAAUGUUUCAGUAGCACUUGCGACCAUACACACGAUGACGAGUGUCCACAGUGUGAAGCCCUCGACAAUGUGCUGGCCGAUAUUGGAGAUGUCUUCAAUAACGAUGCCAUUGCCAUUGCAGAGGAUGAACUAGUGGAUCUCCGGUACACCUGCCAGAAAGCGACACAAGAUGCCAAGUCAUGGAAAGGGCACCAACUUCGAAGCAUCACACAAGAUGAGUCUCGACUAGAUGUUCUGAGGCGGCUUGAUCAGUCAUCUGUGCUUAUAACAAACGACUGGGCAAUGAAGUUUCUACCUCAGAAGUACAGGGAAUCACAGUCGGACUGGUUUGCAAAACGAGGGAUCUCCUGGCACAUCAGCGUAGUUGCGAGAAAGGUCGAGAAUGUUAUGGAGACACAAACCUUUGUGCACCUAGUGGAGAACUGCAGUCAAGAUGCUUCCGUUGUGGUCAGGAUCACUGAGCAUGUGUUGCGCACACUCCACGAAGACAGCGCCAUGAUUACCAAUGCAUACCUGCGACAGGACAACGCGGAGUGCUACCAUAGCGGGUCCACACUGACAGCAUACCUUCACAUGGAGUGCAAAACUGGUGUCAACGUCUCACGAGUGGAUUUCAGCGAACCACAAGGUGGAAAAGGCCCAUGUGAUCGUAAAGCCGCCACCAUCAAAGCUCACGUUCGACGGUUUAUCAACGAAGGUAACGACGCGACCACAGCGCGGAAGCCGACAUAUAAUUAACUAAGAUUUCCGAUUAUACGCCACCCCUCCAAAAACUUCUUAUGCUAGGAGCGGUCAUCUCAUUGGACGAUUCUAAAUGUAAUUGACGUUUCAGCAAGAAUACUGGCAAAGGAUUGGAUAACUUUGAUCUCUGACGUCACUUUCCUGUGAUAUUGCUCGAAACCAAAUACAGUACCGUUUCGUUCCUGCGGGGAACGAAACAAAAAAUGGCAGAUUUAGACCUGCGUGAGAAAUGCUAAUUGGAAGCAAUUCAAUAAACUGGCACAUGAUGAUUUCUCUUCACUAAAUUAAAAUUCCACGCAUUGAGGAAAUCUUGUACGAAAUGAAAGUGAAGUGCAUUUCAAAUCACGCACAGACAUUGAUGUCAUAAACCCUGAUCUGAUAGGCUAACACAGAUUACGCCCUAAUUAAAAGUUCCUUGAAUUUCGCUUUAAAUAUAAAUUUGACAUUCAGCUACUUCCCAGUUACAUUCGAGUUCUGUGUCAAAAUGUCCAGACAUCUUGCGCUUAUUUUGCUGGCCGCUGCUUUAAGCAGGUAUGUAUGUACAAUUUUCUUGAUAUAGCAUAUAGAUUGAUUUAAGUUCUAUUUAUCUAGAUCUAUACCGAGUAUUGCGCUUCAUUUGCAUAGUCUGCGCAAUUAAGAAUUACAUGCAAAGAUUCAAAGAUUCAACUGCGCACAACAUGAUUAUGCUUUAAACUAUACCACGAUUUGGGGACGAAUUGUACAGCUUGUGCUUGUGUGGGAAAGUUGAUAUAUCAUGAUAAUAUUAAAACCCAAAAUCGCUCAUGCGCAACAUGUUGUUGCAUGUCAAUACGUGUUGUAUUACGGCGCUCUUUUACAUUAGUAUUUGAUAAUUUCCAAAAUCCAUUUUAGGCUAUUAAUGCGCAACCUAGCACAUGCACAUUCACUUCUAAAGUAUUUGU